AUGUCCGCAAACUCACCUCCUGGAAAAAGUGACGGUGAUGAUCCUCACGAUAGCUCAAUCCCGCCAAAUCCGAUUGAAAACCUAGGUCCAAGAAUUCGCGACUUAACCGAUGUAGAUUCCAUCAGACGAUAUUUGGCGCAAAAACUUGGCUUUUACGAACCACCAGAAGUUGUCGCACCGACAGAUAAAGUUUUAGAUGAAGUUAAUUUAGAUGGUAUUGUCAAAUGGAUUAAAAGUGAACGAUGCCAAAAUGUUAUAACGUUAUCUGGAGCUGGAAUAUCCACAUCUGCUGGAAUCCCAGAUUUUAGAAGUCCUGAAACAGGUCUAUACCACAAUCUGCAAAAAUAUAAUUUACCAGAACCACAGGCCAUUUUCGAAAUUAACUUUUUUAGACAAAAUCCAAAACCAUUCUUUACUUUAGCAAAAGAACUGUUCCCGGGUAGUUUUAAACCUACCAUAUCUCAUUAUUUUAUCAGACUGUUGCAUGAAAAAGGCAUUUUACUUCGUCAUUACACACAAAAUAUUGACACUUUAGAGAGAGGUGCAGGGAUACCUGAAGAUAAAAUAGUUGAGGCUCAUGGGACUUUUUUUACUUCCCACUGCUUGGAUUGUCGCAAACAAUAUCCUUUAGAAUUCAUUAAAGAGGCAAUAUUCACAGAUCUAAUUCCAAUAUGUACUGAAUGUCCUGGUGUUGUCAAACCUGAUAUCGUCUUCUUUGGAGAAAGCCUACCAGAAAGAUUCCAGCACUGCCUCCAAGAAGACUUCCAAAAAUGUGACAUGCUGAUCAUUAUGGGCUCUUCACUUGAAGUACAGCCAUUUGCAUCUUUGAUUGAUAUGGUGCCGGAGUGGUGUCCCCGGUUGCUGAUCAACCGCGAGCGCGCGGGCGUGCGCGCGCCGCUGCUGCGCCUGCUGGGGCUGGCGGGCGGCGGCCUGCAGCUGGACGAGGGCGCCGUGCGCGACGUGGCGCGCCUCGGGGACUGCGACGACGGCUGCCUCGACCUCGCCGACAGGCUCGGCUGGGGGGACGAGCUUCGAGCUCUGGUCGCGAGCGAGCACGAGCGAUUGGAGCGUGAAGGGGGACUCACGAAGCCCUACGGGCCUUCGCCCCCCAUCCCCGAACCCCUCGACCCGACCCCAGGCCUCAGCACCCCCACUGAACCCAAGCUA